UAGAUAACAAUGCAUAUUCCCAACUGGACCGGAAAAAACAAAGGUUGUAAUAACUCAGACUUCCAUUUCUAUCACAACACAAAAAAGGGUCACCACUCCUCUCUUUACAAAUAUAUCCCCCCUCCUUUUUUUCUCUCUAAAAUCUCACACUGCAAUAUUCUGUAUUCAAUAGCUCAAAUUCCAAUCACCCUCCUUUCUCAUCUCUCUAUACUCGUUUUUUAUGGUGCUUCGUGUUUUUUUCUCAUUAUUCUACAUUGCUGCUUCUUGAACUACCUUGUACAUUUAUUAAAAAAACAAUUCAAGAAAAAGUCUCUUUUUUGCUUUUUUUUUUUUAAAAAAAAAAACUAUAUUUUCUUCUUUCUUGUUCGUCUUCCUCCUACUUGGAUGAACUCAGAAGGGUGUUAAUCCACCUGGGUCGUUUUUAUUUUGCCUCAACUACGCUCCAAAUAAAUGGGUCUUUGAUGAUUCUUGAGACAGACCCUUGAUGGAUCUUGAAGGUGUGAACCGUGCGAUCCGCAGCAAUCCAAUCAAGAAAGAUUCGUGGAAGACAGUGUUAACUUUGGCUUAUCAGAGCUUGGGGGUAGUUUAUGGAGAUUUAAGCACUUCUCCUUUGUAUGUGUAUAAAAGCACUUUUGCGGAGGAUAUCCAGCAUUCCGAGACAAAUGAGGAGAUCUUUGGGGUGUUGUCUUUUGUGUUUUGGACCUUAACGUUAAUACCCCUGGUGAAAUAUGUGUUUAUUGUGCUCAGAGCAGAUGAUAAUGGUGAAGGUGGCACUUUUGCUUUGUAUUCAUUGCUCUGCCGCCAUGUACGAGUUAGCUCCUUGCCCAAUUGCCAGCUCGCGGAUGAGGAGUUAUCAGAGUACAAAAACGACGGGAUUGGUUCAAGCUUGAAAUCAACUUUGGAGAAGUACAGAGUUCUGCAAAAAGUGCUGCUCUUGUUGGCAUUGAUUGGGACUUGUAUGGUCAUUGGGGAUGGGGUCCUUACUCCUGCAAUUUCAGUUUUCUCGGCUGUGUCUGGGCUAGAGCUUUCCAUGUCAAAAGAGCAGCAUCAGUAUGUCGAAGUACCUGUUGCUUGUGCCAUUCUGGUAUUUUUGUUUGCUCUCCAACAUUAUGGGACUCACCGCAUUGGAUUUCUAUUUGCACCUAUUGUCAUCACUUGGCUUCUAUGCAUUAGUGCCAUUGGCGUGUAUAAUAUAUUCCACUGGAACCCUCAUGUUUAUCAAGCACUCUCUCCCUACUACAUGUAUAAAUUUUUGAAAAAAACCCAAAGGGGAGGUUGGAUGUCCCUGGGUGGGAUCCUCUUGUGCAUAACAGGUUCUGAAGCUAUGUUUGCUGAUCUUGGACACUUUUCACAGUUGUCAAUCAAGAUUGCUUUCACCUUUGUGGUUUAUCCAUCUUUAAUCCUGGCAUACAUGGGACAAGCGGCUUAUCUAUCUAGGCAUCAUAUCCUUGAAAGUGACUACAGGAUUGGAUUCUAUGUAUCUGUUCCUGAGAAAAUAAGAUGGCCUGUUCUGGCUAUUGCCAUCCUUGCAGCAGUUGUGGGAAGUCAAGCUAUCAUCACUGGAACUUUCUCAAUCAUCAAACAAUGCUCUGCUUUGGGUUGCUUUCCGAGGGUCAAAAUUGUGCACACAUCGUCUAAAACACAUGGCCAGAUUUACAUCCCAGAGAUUAAUUGGACUUUAAUGCUGUUAUGCUUGGCUGUGACUAUUGGCUUCAGAGACACCAAACAUAUGGGUAAUGCAUCAGGGUUGGCUGUUAUAACAGUCAUGCUUGUGACCACCUGCCUAAUGUCUCUAGUGAUUGUUUUAUGCUGGCACAGAAGUGUCUGUUUAGCCAUUUGUUUCAUAUUCUUCUUUGGAUCCAUUGAAGCACUUUACUUCUCAGCAUCUCUCAUCAAGUUCCUUGAAGGAGCUUGGGUCCCUAUUGCUCUUGGAUUCAUCUUCCUAAUUGUGAUGUACAUUUGGCAUUAUGGCACCCUGAAGAAAUAUGAGUUCGAUGUACAAAAUAAAGUCUCCAUCAAUUGGCUCCUCGGUUUAGGUCCCAAUCUUGGUAUUGUUCGUGUCCGUGGCAUUGGCCUCAUAAAUACCGAGCUUGUUUCAGGAAUCCCGGCAAUUUUCUCCCACUUUGUUACCAACCUCCCUGCUUUUCACCAAGUUGUAGUCUUCCUCUGUAUUAAAUCAGUCCCAGUACCACAUGUCAGACCCAAGGAAAGAUUCCUUGUGGGAAGAGUUGGUCCCAAGGAGUACCGGCUGUAUAGAUGCAUAGCACGGUAUGGAUAUCGAGAUAUUCACAAGGAUGACUUGGAGUUUGAAAAAGAUCUUGUUUGUAGCGUAGCAGAAUUCAUCCGGUCAGAGAGACCUGAGUGUGUUGUAGGAGUAGUAGACUUGGAAAAUGAUGAGAAGAUGACAGUUGUUGGAACUUCAUCUUCCAAUUUUGAAGGCAUAAAAAUGUGUGAUGAUGAUCCAGAUUUUUCUGAGUUGGUGGGGACAUCUGAGUUAAGGGAAAUAAGAUCUCCAGAGAAGCCGCGGAAGAGGGUGAGAUUUGUUUUGCCAGAAAGUCCGCGGAUUGACAUGGAAGCACAAGAAGAGUUGCAUGAAUUGAUGGAGGCAAGGGAGGCAGGAAUGGCCUUUAUACUGGGACACUCGUAUGUGCGGGCAAAGAGAGGAUCAAGUUUCAUGAAAAGAAUUGUAAUUAAUUUUGGAUAUGAUUUUUUGAGGAGAAACUCAAGAGGACCAAACUAUGCAUUAAGCCUUCCUCACGCAUCUACUUUAGAGGUGGGGAUGGUUUACCAUGUUUAAAUCUGUAACAUUACAGUAUAGCAAUGUAUUCCAUGACUAUCAUCUUUUAUUUAA